AUCUCAACAAACACUGUCUUUCGCUUUUCUUAAACCCCAACCGCAACAAAAAAGGGCCAUUUUUAGGAAAUCAAAUCGGCGGCGCGUUUAUGGCCGACCAAUCAGCUACUCCGCCGCCUCCGGAAGCGGCGACCCAGGAACCACCCGUCCUAGCUCCGCCGCAGGAUUCCGAUUCUCGUCCCCAAGUGGUGGCCCGGCUGUCGGAAACUGAAGCUACGGCGAAAGCGGCUGAGACAUCGCCGCCGCAGACGAUGGAAUCGACGGCGGACGUUUCGACAGGAGCGGCGGUGAAGAAAGAGGAGCACGGCGGAGAGGCUGCAGUGAAGGAACCUCCGGCGGGCGUCGACGAAGAGAAACAGAACAUGAUUCCUGAGAAUCUGGGGUCUUUCAAGGAAGAAAGCAGCAAGCUUUCGGAUCUGUCUGAAUCCGAGAGAAAAUUUCUGGUUGAACUGAAACAGCUCGUGAAAGAUGCUCUGAACAAUCACCAGUUCGGGUCAAGCACAAAGCCCGAAGACGGCGCACCAGAAGAAAUCUUCAUUUGGGGAAUCCCUCUGCUCGAAGACGAACGGAGCGACGUCGUCUUGCUCAAAUUUCUGCGAGCGAGGGAUUUCAAGGUGAAGGAUUCCUUCACGAUGCUCAAGAACACGAUCCAGUGGCGAAGAGACUUCAUGAUCGACGAACUCGUCGAGGAAGACAUCGUCGACGAUCUGGACAAGGUUGUGUUCAUGCACGGACACGACCGUGAAGGUCACCCCGUGUGUUACAACGUGUACGGAGAAUUCCAGAACAAGGAGCUUUACCACAAGACAUUCGCUGAUGAGGAAAAGAGGAAAAAAUUCUUGAGGACGAGGAUUCAGUUCUUGGAGAAGAGUAUAAGGAAGCUCGAUUUCAGCUCAGGAGCAGUUUCCACUAUUUUUCAGGUCAAUGACAUGAAAAACUCUCCGGGAUUGGGGAAGACAGAGCUUAGAUCGGCGACAAAGAAAGCUGUUCAGUUGCUUCAGGACAACUAUCCUGAGUUUGUCUUCAAACAGGUCUUUAUCAAUGUUCCAUGGUGGUACCUUGCGUUUUACACGAUGAUCAGCCCGUUCAUGACUCCAAGAUCAAAGAGCAAGCUUGUGUUUGCUGGUCCAUCGAGAUCAGCUGAAACCCUUUUCAAAUACAUAUCGCCAGAGCAAGUUAACCCAGACUUCACCAUGUCUGAUCCAGCCACCGAGAUCACUGUCAAGCCAGGAACUAAGCAAACGGUGGAGAUUAUAAUCUACGAGAAAUGUGUGAUAGUGUGGGAGAUGAGAGUGGUGGGGUGGGAGGUGAGUUACACGGCCGAGUUCGUGCCAGAGGACAGAGAAGGUUACACGGUGGUCAUUCAUAAGCCGAGGAAGAUGGUUCCAUCUGACGAGCCACUCAUUAGCCAUAGCUUCAAGGUCUGUGAUCUUGGUAAGGUUCUGCUUACAGUCGACAACCCCACCGCCAAGAAGAAGAAGCUCGUUUACAGGUUCAUGGUCAAAGCUUUUUCUGAUUAAAUCUUCCCUCAAAGUGUUUUUUUUUUUUUUGUGGUUUCUUCUCGAGUAAUUUUGAAUCUCAGACUUGAGAUUGUUGUCUGUGUUGCUUUGUUUGUAUAUUUCGGUGUUGCUGUCAUAUUAUGAUAUAUGGGUGUUUUGAAAUAUUUCUUUAUUUAUAGUUUAAGCAUUGGAUAUAUAUAUAUA